AUGGUUCGCGGCGCAGAUUACGACAACGGUGUCCCCCAGAGCGACAACCCUAUCGAAAACGGUCCCAACAAGGCCCACGGAACAGGCAAGGAGGUAUGUUUCCGCUCCAAUUCCAAUCCAAUGGAAUUCACUGUUACAAUUUCUAACACAAUCAAACAGCCCGCAGACCUAAGCCGCUCCCACAAGGCUGCCCCCAUGCCUGAACAGACUGGCUCCAGUCGUGACGUCUACCCUGGCUUGCCUACCGCUGGCUCGGAUCAUCCCAAUGGUGGUCCUGCGAAGCCUACUGGGAAAUAA